CUUUCUGUUAGCUAAUAACCAUCGGAAUUAAUGAAAAAGAGCAGGCGAUGAUGACGAUGUUGGCCACGAUAAAAUCCACCACCACUGGAUACCUCAAACUCCAUCUUAAAUUUAGCGUCUCAGUCUCUCAAUUUGUCCGUGGGAGAAGACGUAUCCACCAGACUCUGUUAUGCACCCGUGAUCCAAUCUCUUCGAGCAGCAGAGUCUUCGCUGCUGCUUCCAAUACAAGUAACCUCGUGGAGGAGUUUGAUCCGGAGAUUCCAGUAGAGAGAGCGUUGACUCCGCCGAGCUCGUGGUACACUGAUCAUCAGUUCCACCGUUGUGAGCUUGAUCGAGUCUUCUAUGGAGGAUGGCAAGUUAUAGGUUACUCUGAUCAGAUUAAGGCUAAUCGCGACUUUUUCACCGGGAGGCUUGGGGAGGUGGAGUUUGUGGUGUGUAGAGAUGAUGAGGGGAAGAUUCGUGCUUUCCACAAUGUGUGCUCUCACCAUGCCUCUAUCUUGGCUUCUGGAAGUGGGAGAAAGUCUUGCUUUGUUUGCCCUUAUCACGGAUGGACUUAUAGCUUGAACGGAUCGCUUGUCAAAGCUACUAGAAUGACUGGGAUAGAGAACUCUGCUUUGAAUGAAAUGGGACUCAAGCCUCUAAGAGUAGCUGUAUGGGGACCUUUUGUUCUCCUCAAGGUGACACAAGACAAAUCAAAGAAGAAAGAAGAUGUUGAGAGUGAUGGAUUAGUGGCGUCUGAAUGGCUAGGUUCUUCUGUAGGGAGGUUGAGCGAAGGCGGAGUUGAUUCCACUUUUAGUUUCAUAUGUAGACGUGAGUACACUAUUGACUGUAAUUGGAAGGUGUUUUGUGAUAAUUACUUAGAUGGUGGCUAUCAUGUACCUUAUGCACAUAAAGGUUUGAUGUCAGGCCUCGACCUCGAAACCUAUUCUACAACGUUAUUCGAAAGGGUUAGUAUCCAAGAAUGUGGAGGUGGUGGAUCCAAGGCUGGUGAAGAAGAAGACGGUUUCGAUAGGCUUGGAUCUCAAGCUCUAUACGCUUUCGUAUACCCAAAUUUCAUGAUAAAUAGGUAUGGACCAUGGAUGGACACAAAUCUAGUGAUACCUUUAGGACCAAGGAAGUGCAAAGUUGUCUUCGACUAUUUUCUUGAUCCUUCUUUAAAGGAUGAUGAAGCUUUCAUCAGGAGAAGUCUGGAAGAGAGCAAGAGAGUUCAGAUGGAAGAUGUUGUCUUGUGUGAGAAUGUUCAAAGGGGUCUCGAAUCUCCAGCUUAUGACAAAGGAAGAUAUGCUCUUGUGGAGAAAGCAAUGCACCAUUUCCACUGUCUGUUACAUCAGAAUCUCAAAAUCUGAAACUCUAGUAUAUAUAUUUAUGUUUUAUGUAUAUAUGAUACCAAUGAAUGCAAAUCUACACUUGUGCCAUAUAUGUUUAUAUGUAGCUUACGACAAGUCA